CUUGUGUAGUCGCGCCGGACGCUUAUUUCACAAGCACAAUGUGCCUGCCGAAGUGUGGACCUGGGGACUCACCUAGGCGCUACAGAGUACCUAACAAGGUUAGACAGGAGUUACAUUUCACCGGGAACGAUGAGCAACACAAACGCCAACAUAGUCCAGAUGUUGCAGUCUCCGAGGUGUCAUCUUACGAUGCCUACCUUCCAUUUGGUGGACAAUUCACUGGCACUGACACGCUUGACUGUGUACCUGUUCCUACAGAAGAUUCUCAGGCUAGCUUGCGACGGGAGAAAUCUCGGAUUGCAGCCAAAGUUCGUCGUCAGAAGGAAAACCAGUCACUUGUUCGACUGCGGCUUACACUACCCAUUCAUGCGGGUAAAGCAACUCACCCGCCGCACAUUCGAAAGCCAGCAGAAAGCUACUCUUCCGUCGUUGAUGACGACAAUGACUCAUCCAAUGGUGACCGGCUGGACAGCUUCGCUCUGUGUGAAGUACCCAGCUACCGCGCUGCUUGCUCCGUGUCCCGACAACAGCAGAUGGCUGCACCGGAAUUUGAAAAGGCUGUAACCAUUCGUCUGGCUGGCAACUCGCUUUGUUUGUACAAUUGGCUUUAUCCAGAGGAACAUUCAGAUCCAUCAACUACUACCACGUUUUGCGAUACGGCUCGCGCAUUCGGACCACUUGUUCGUCAACCUCAGUCUGUUUUUUCCCAGCCUUCGCUCAGUCUGUGGUCUCAAAGCUUGCUCGCACUGGUGGUCGAUACGGCGGAGAACACCGUGAAUUCUAUCAUCGGCCUUCAGCUACCGGAAUUACGCGCAAGACAGUUUGUUGCGGCAGCGUCGGUCUCUACUUCUCCAUCCCCGAAGUUGCGAACUGUAAAGCCGCCCGUAACCCAGACCCGUUCCACUGAUUCGAACAGUUCCAUGCGCUGGUCGCCCGAUGCGUGCUUUCCAAGUAGUACCGCUUGUUCGCCAUCCAGCUCCUCUUUCUCAGAAAAGUCUGAACGCUUGGUUCCGGGGGCAAGCUGGCCGGUGGCAUUCGGUGAUCGUUAUGGUCAUUUGACUACACUUAUCCCUCCGGAUUCCUCUCUCGGUUCCCCCAAUCUCUCCAGUCCUGUCGACUCUAAUAUGGUCCUGUCGCGAGCCUCCUCGAAGGACUAUCCCAGUGUCCAUGUGAUUUGCUGGGCCAGCUAUCUUCUAUCCAGUUGCUCGCAGAAGCCAGGUGCCAGAUGUUUUGCGACUUCUCAUCGUCAACUGAGCUCUACGCUUUCCGAUCAUCUCGGGAAUCCUGGCAGCGAUUCAUACCCAGCUGCGUGUACACUGCGGGUGUUUUUAUUCAAUCCGGUUAUAAAUCCCGCUACGGCCAAACGUGCGCAGGAAUCGGACCUCUACUCAUCUUCUUCGCCCAUCAUACCUGUGUCUUGUUUGACGGAUUCGCCUGGGGAUGGCUCCGUCAAUUCACACGCCGGACUUGCCAGUUCUCCUCGUUCAUAUCAUUUGUGGGAUAGUUUGAAGUUUGUCGGUGCCCAACCUUCUUUUCUCUCUGCUCUGGAUCAUACUCAGGCGGACUUACUGGAUCACACCCUGCUGGACCUCGUUCAUCCGGACGAUUUGGAGUUUGUGGCUGACGCACUCAAUUCUCUUUCGGAAUCUGAACCGGUGAUCACAACUUUGCAUCGUCUAAGAUCGAAAUCGGGAGCCUAUCGAUGGGCUCGUUUUCUUGCAUUUCUAACGAGGCGUGACUCUGCACAACUGCUCGGAUCGAUAACUGGUCUGUCAGAUUCCCCCAGUUGUGCCAGUCAUUCAGCUGAAGGGGUUCUUAUGAUGCGUCCUCACCCUACGACCGGUGCUUCAUCGCUGGCGGCUGACUUGUCCUCCCGCAAGAGAAGAUGCUCAGGAGAUUGCAAUUCCUCGGCUGGUCUAUGUGAUGAGGGUGAAUUCCUGGAUGCCGUAAAGAACACCACUUGCGAGUUUUGGCUUAUUUGUUGCCAUCAGUUCGUACAUUUUGCUAGCGACCACAACGUCUCCCAUGCACACAGUCUCAGUGCACCGCUCCCAUGUGAAGAUCUUUCUGGUCGCAUGUCUUUCAAUCACGAAAAGGCUUGCAUUCCACCGAAUACCGUUUGCGAUAUGACCUCACCACAGACUCAUUCUAUGCGCCGACUGCCCCGUCCCGGUUACUCGCUGAAAAGAAAACGAUCCACCUCCCCCGAGACUAUGGAGACAUUUCAUCCAGUCGGUCCCGAACUUUCGGAUGCAACAUAUCAACCUUCGCUGUUCAACCCGUGCGGUGAUCAUCUUUGUGACUUAGAAGACUUGGAGUUGAACUGGAAACCGGGUGUGCAUAUCGAUGGGGGAGUGACUUUGGCUAACUCAGCGGAGUUCGUGAACGAUAAACUUAAGAUUGGCCGCGAAAUCGCCACCUAUGACGGCUCUUCUGUCGUCUCCAAAUUGGAGUGGACUAAACAAGCGCCAUCCAUUAUUCCGGAUACACAUGAGUUUGAUCCCGGUCAUGCGUACAAGCUAUAUUCGUCGGCUGAUUCGAAUGGUACCGCGGAUGUGGACAGUUUGAUGCAAACACCGAAUUCGGAAACUUCCUACUCUCGAUCCUACUCAGUGUGUUCGCUGACCUCACAGGACGAAUUCGACUCCCUGACCCUGAUGAACCCUCGUUUCAAUAUGCCCGGUGAUGUUAGAAAUGAUCCUUUUGACACCCCUAUGGAACAGGUUGGACAACUGUUGCCCCAAGCGGAGAUUUUCAGUGUUCCACACGGCUAUUUUUUUACGCAGACUGAUUUGAUGCCCGAUUCAUCUGUGUGGUCAUCAAAAAGGCGACGGCAUGCUGAAACCUGUUGGAUACCGGAUCGGUCCGAGUCCCAAAUCUACAGGCUAUCAUCGCUCAACAAUGAGACACUCUCCCAAGACUUUUCGUUACGCUUUCUCGCGAAUGACUACACUUGCCACUCUCUGACUGACUCGUAUACCCCCAAUGAGACACCUUGUGAGCAGGUAUCCAGUCACUAUCUGUUAGCCGAACCAUAUGCCACGGUUCCGACCGAACAUCGUGAGAGAUUGGUUCUUUUCGUGUUCAUCGACUCACCGAAUGUUCAACAACAAAAUGCGCCGCAUUUCCUUCCUUCUCUCACCAUUUUUCACACAAACCUCCUCAUUCGUGUGCUUGUCGUUCGCGCUGUUUUUCUACGAUUGAUGCUGACUCGCAUCAUUCUAAUUUCUCCUCAGUUUGUCUCCAUUCUUCCUGGAAUAAUUAUGCUCCGUGUCAUUCACGUAGCCGCACACACACACACACCACCACCACCAACAUUCAUUCAUACCACCGUUUUAGUUUCAAUAAAUGGUCUCCGGGACUGA